AUGAUCUCACUGAAGUGCCCAUAUCGACGGCACUCCUACUGGCAGCGCAUGCCACCGUUCUUUGGGGGAGUGAGUGACGAUGAUGAAGAGGAAGAGGAACAGGAAGAAGCUGAAGACGCAGCGGUAGAGCCGUCUGCGGAAGAGCGCGCAGAUACGGAUGACAAUGAUGCGCCAACUUCAGGCAAAUCCGCAGCUGGGACUGACACAGAUGAAAGUGAUGAUGAUCGGCCCUUGCGCCCACCCAUUUGGCGGCCAGGCCGACCUGCUGCGGUCGAGCCUGUCGUUACAGCUGAGAGCCCGGCCAAGUCACCAGCGACGGUCUCGCCCACUGAUGCUGCACCCUCAGUUGGCCAAACACCAGUCCAAGUGGAGGCUCUGCCCAUCGAUGUGAAGGAAGCGAUUUCCGAGACAGACAGUCAUCCCAGCUUUAUAUGUACCGAAGUGUUCUACUCGACUUUACCUCCCUUUAGCAUUCUGACCGCUGAUGGUCAACUCCAACAACCAGUGGGGCGUCUGGCCCCAGCCCCACCCCCAUCCGUUCUGGCCACGCUUCCCGCCGACCUCAUACGUGCGCCCGAAGCCAUGCACGCUGCCGAGAAAUUGGCCGCUGAACAGCGUGAGCGUGAGGCGCAGGCUCAGGCCGCGGAAGCCAAGCGGUUAGCACAGGCACAGCACAAAGCGGAGCAGGAAGCAGCGGCCGAGGAAGCCUUGCGUCUGAAGCGCGAGGCCCAGGAGCUGGAGCAAAAGUUGGCAGCGCUCAACGCGGCGCCAGACGAGGAGGAAGAUGAGGAGGAGAAGGAGAAAGAUGAGGAUGAGGAUGAGGAGGACAAGAGUCAAGAUCAGAGCAAGGAUGACACCCAGGCUACAUCUGCCGUUGAUCAAGAGCACGAUGCUUCCGCAGACUUGCAAACAACCGCCCCUUCUUCAUCGCAGGAAAAGGACAGCCCCUCUUCAGACGCGGCACAGAAUGCAACAUCGAGUGCGCAGUCCAAACCUGCACCAGCGCCUAAACCACGCCCAGCUGCUGCUUCCACAAACCGCCGGCCAUCUGUCAGCGGACCAAAGCCUGCGCCCAAGCCCCGCCCGGCAUCGGUGACGCUGAGUGAGAGUGGUGAAUCAUGUGACAAAACUGGCAAGGCUACCGUCUCAGCACCCAAACCAAAACCCGCCGUCAAGCCCAAGAUGGUGCCGCAACGAGCCCCACCCGCAGCCCCUGCCACAUCUACGACGGCGAAAGAAACCUCUUCGAGCCACGAGGCAGCUGCUCACACAAAGAGUGUCAAGAAGCCUAAUGACAGUGCCACGACCAAGCCCAAACCGACACUCGGCUCCAAGCCCACGGCCACCACACGAUCACCGGGCAGCCCGGGCAAGACAAAAGCAAGCACGGCCAAGAGUACGACCGGGCAUCAUGGUGCCAGCCACCACAGCCGCCAUCACAAAGCCACGCCGAGUCGCACUCACUCUGGCACGAGCACACCCGGGGCCUCAGCGCCCGCGAGCAAGUCAGGCACCCGAGCUUCGGCGCGGUCCCCGGCAGGAGGCUCCUCCAAGACGAGCUCGCGAGGUAGCUCACGAGAGGCUUCACCGAAUCGUCUCAGCUCGGCCAAGUCGUCGGCGCAUGGUCCAUCGUCGUCGACACUUCGUCACAACAAAACCGUGCAUGCGUCGCCUUCCGACCACAAGCCCAAAGUCGCGACCACCAAGCCCAAAGUCACGAGCGCCAAGCCCAAAGUCGCGAGUGGCAAGAGUAGCGCCACGGAGGGCAAACCCAAAUCGACGUCAAGCUCGACCAAGCCUGCCGUCACCUCUGCCAAGCCUGCCGUGGCUGGUGGCCGAAAGCCCAAUCCUUUUGCCAAGGGCAAGACCGGUGCCAAGUCGGCGGCCAAGCCUGCUUCCAAACCAGCCGCCUCUUCAGGGUCAUCAUCCUCCCAUCCCUCAACCAAACCGACCAACGGUGACGCCUUUGUCGAUCGGAAUGCGGCCGGGCACCAGUGGCGCAGCCGAGAAGAGCUGGAGCGUCCAGCGGACGAGGAAGAAACGCGCAAGCGGCUCGAAACGGGUCUCAAGUUUGACUUUAGCUUCAACUAA